GAUGGGAUAACAAUGGUGCUUGAGUAUGCAGUCCUAUCAUGAAUAUCACAACAAGGCAGAUCUAUAGUUUGGGGCUAAUCCCACAAACCUAUCUGAACCCUGGAUCUAAUAAAUGAACUACUCAGACAUAGCAAAGCAAUUCAUGACAAUGAAGACAUGGAAAUUCAUAGUAUAGAUGAAAAGGAAUUGAAAACAAGGAGUUCCAGUCACAAGUGAUAUUCUCUCCAAACUCUCUCUCUCUCAAAGUAAAACUGUAACAAAAAGCUCUCUCUGCCGUCAAAACAUUUAGGCAGUAUAUAAUCUACUAGGUUAAAAACUCGUCAGGGCAUUUUCUUAAUUUGGCAUGGACUAGGGCUUCAAGUCCGCUGGAUCCAAAAUGUCGCAUGUCCGAUGUCUCGACAUCGAUCGAUGGUACUUGUGUACAUCGAUCGAUAUUAAUCUUCAUUUGUCGAGGCAUCUCAUGGUGUCGAUCGACAGUACUGGAUGUGCAUCGAUCGAUUGUUCUUCCUCUCGUCGACCUCUACAUGGUCAGCUCGGGUGAAAUGUCUUUUAUGCUCCAAAAUGCUCCAAAGUCAUAGCUUUACUCCAAAAUGCACCUGAACCUGAAAACAUACCUAGAAGAGUAGAAAACAUAGAUAUAUAUAUAGUAAAACACCUAUAUAUCAUGGAUGAAAACGGGUCAAAUCCAAGGUAUAUCAAUGCGCCAGGCGUGGUUUGAGUCAUGAAAUCCCCAUUACUCGAAGAAUCUAGUGUGUUCCGAAACUCGUAGCUCACUCCAUCAUAGAACACUUCCAAUAUAUAGUCAUCGUCAAACCCAUGGUGCGGGCACUCUCUCUGGUAUUCCUUAUAUCUCUCCCAGGCUUCAUGAAAAGGCUCAUCAGAUUUCUGCUUGAAAUUGGAGAUCCUAUGCCGUAGAGCCGCGGUUUUAGACUUCGUAUAGAAGUUGCUCAUGAAUGCUGAUCAAACCUGAUCCCAUGUAGUGAGAGAACCGGUUGGGAGAGAUUGCAGCCAGCUAGAAGCUUUUCCUUCAAGAGAGAAUGGGAACAACGUGCAUUUGACAUAAUCUGGUGGCACUCCAUUAGAGCGAGAGAAAUUGCAGAUUCUCUCAAAGGCCUCUAUGUGGUCCAUUGGAAUGUCUGAAGUGAUGCCGCUGAACGUGCUCUUCUGUACCAGACCUAUCAGUGCAGAUUUGAUCUCAUAAUCUUGGCGAGUACAGGGUGGAGGGUUGAUGGGGGAGCGGUUAGUAGCGAAGUUCCGCGGAAAGUUUCGCUCCCCAAUAAGAGCACCACGCUCUUCUCGCGUGGCGUUCUCGGCUGCUUGUUCUUGAGCAGCUUGUUGCUGAUUUUGGAUGGUCUACUUCAUCUGCAACAUCUGUUGUUGCUGAGUCUGCAUUUGUUGUUGAAUUAGUGCCAACGCAGCAGUGAGGUCAUCCAUAUUGCCGUGGUCACCCAUGUUGGUGUCGAUUGUUCUUGGCUGUUGACGGUUCUGUCUUUAUAAUCUUGCGAGUUCGUCGUUGGUCAGUUGAUGUAGUGGUCCUUGCGCGUUGUUCCGAGUAUGUCUACUGGUCAUGCACUUAGAUCAUCUGUUCCAACAAAGAAGCAAAGCAAGUUAGAUAUCUCAGACUAAAUAUUAAACCGAAAAAUAAAGGUAAAAGCUUAGUCCCCGGUAACGGUCUCUACGUAGCGACCGAGCGGGGUGCGUGCUCCAUCACUACGUAGCGACCGAGCUUGGCUUGAGAGCAAAUUGUUGUGGUCUGGUAAGACCGUACAUUAUCUACUUUGUAGACAGCUGCGAGUCUAUAAGAAGGAGAUUUGGUCUCUCGUUGUUGAUCAACCUCUCAGGUUUAGCGUAAUAGGAUUUGGUAAGAUCACGGGUUUAAACACAAAUCCACUGCCAGAAGAAAGUUUUGAACCUGAUCCAGAGAAUUACAAAGCGUUGUGGGAGUUGUUGAAAGUGCCGCUUGGGUACGGACCCAAGUUUGAUGAACUUAUAGAAGCUUUAACGGAGUGUCCAUUUUGGAGUGCUGAUCAGCGGAAAUGGUAUGGGCUGUUGUUUCUUCAAGCCAUUGGACUUUAUGGCUUCCAUCAUAAUUGUAGAAUACCCUUUGAAAGUGCAAAAAGAGUAUUCGAUGAUGACACCCUGAUGACUUAUCCUUGGGGUCGGACUGCCUAUGAAUUUCUUGUUGAUUCUAUCAAGUUGUUGCAUCCACAAGGAGGGUCGUACACCCUUAGCGGCUUCAAGGACGUGUUAUUGGUUUGGGCGUAUGAAUCUGUCACAGUGUUCGGAGAGCUUUAUGGCAGAAAAGUGAAUCCAGACGAAAUUCCGCUUUUGCGAUGGGGUGGAAGUCGUACUCGUGCAAGUCUUGCUACUACAAUAGCUAAGGAGAUGAAUGAUCAUGGAACGGUGCGUGUGAGGAAAAUGGUGAUGAAGGAGGGUCUAGAAGAGCUGUUUCCUCAGUGGAAGGAUGAAGCAGAUUACCCACAACUUGAUAACCUAAUUAAAGAUAUACAUGCAGAUAGGUUUGUUAGAGAUUUUUAUGUGCAAUCGAAUGAGAAGAACAAAAAAACGAAGGCUGGAGUUUCGUCAGAGGCUGAGCCACCCUCAAAGAAGCAGAAGAAAGGUAAGAAACAGAAGGAGGUGAAAAUCAAUGAGGGUGAAACUGCUGUUGUAGAGGAGAAGGAGAGUGCAAAGGAGAAGGGUCGUAGCGAAGCGGUUCUGCUGAACAUAGUUGCUCAUCUCGAGAAGUUGGACCAAAAAUUUGACUCGAGAUUAACAGAAUACGACACCAAGUUUGGAGAUUUUUCCCAAGGCCUUUUGGAUACCAUUGGAAAUACAGUGAAAACUACAGUUGAAGAGCGUCUGAGAGUUUUGGGGGUGUCCAAUAGUAGUCAACCUGAAGGUCAACACGUGAUGGUCUCAGAAGACAACCAACAGCCGGAGUCCAAUAGUUGUCAACCUGAUGGUCAAAACGUGAUGGUCUCAGAAGACAACCGACAGCCGGACUCCAAUAGUGGUCAACCUGCAUCUAAGACCCCUAUUGAUAAACAGUCCGAAGACAGCCAACCGCAAAAGACCCCUGAUAAAGGCCAAUCUGAGAAGAAUCUGGCAGAUGAUAUUGCUAAAGCUGAUGCGAAAGGUAUGGGAGCAAAGCUGAAUUCGAAGGUUGUCAGGGAUAAGGCUGCUGGGGUGAAAAAGAACUUGGAUUCGGCGUUUGGUAAUGCCGAUGCAACAAAUGCUGAUUUGGUCUCUGAUUCUCCUGGUAAGGAACCACCAUUCGGACGCGGUUGCAGGGGCUUAGGGAAAAGAAAUAACUUAGCGGCUGAUUUGGAGAGGAAUGAAGCUGAGUUAAAGAAGAAGCAGAAGCAAGAAGAAGCUGAGUUGAAGAGGAAGAAGAAGCAAGAAGAGGCUGAGUUAAAGAAGAAGCAGAAGAAAGAAGAGGCUGAGUUAAAGAAGAAAAAGAAGCAAGAAGAGGCUGAUUUAAAGAAGAAGAAGAAGCAAGAAGAGGCUGACUCAAAGAAGGAUAUUCCUGCUUCAAAAAGGACUCGCAGUGGUACAAUAAGAAUACCCAUUCCGACUAAGAAAAUUAAGAACACCAAGUAUUCAGACGAACUGUGGCCGGACUCUGAUGUGGAGGAAGAUGAAAGGAAAAAGUAUGGAAGAAUAAAGGAGUAUCGGCUGAAAGCUGUUCAAUUAUCUCCAGAUGGGUCUCAAAUGAGUGCAGAAUUUGGUCCUUCUGUACCAUUUCUCCACAUCGGAGACAAUGUAACGACGUGCAUGAGAAAAGGUUUUGAACCUUCACCUGCAAUAUAUGAUCCCCUAGGACCUGUUGAUCCGGUUAAAAGGGAUAAUCUUUUGCAACACCUAAAGCCACACGAGGAAAUUCCACAUGGAGAAGCUCACGAGGAUAUUGAGUUCUACAGAAUCCUCAUCACUCCAAGACCUUGGCCCAUCAAAGAAUAUGGAUGGCUGGUUCAAAAUGUAAGUAUACAGCUGAGUUAUAUUUACUUUACGGCUAAGUUAUAAGUAUGGUACAGCUGAGUUAUAUAUUAUCUGUGCAGCAUAUUGCUUCGUAUAUUAGAGUCCUCAUUCAAAGGUCCAAACAAGAUGCCAGCCCAUUGUUGGGGUCAAAAUCGGUCACGACGGAAUCAAUGUCUGAAAGUCCGUAAAAAUCAGCAUAACCGUUUUUACGAAAAGUAAUCUUCGUAAAGAUAUCUUUACGAACAGCCUUGCAGUAAAAUAUCGUCAAAAUCUCAAUCGAACCACUAAAUACCGAU